AUGGAAAUUGAAGAGCAAUCAAAUGAAGUGCUAGACAGAACAAUGGUCUCAAACGACAACACAAAGGCAGGACACCAAGAAUGCUCCCCACCAAGAGCUCCUGGCUCAGCACUGCACGAUAACCGGUAUAAACAGACAAAAGGACAAGGAAUAACUCCACUGGACAAACUAUUUAUCCAAGCAAGAAAACAGCUUGGAUAUAGACCAACAACACCGACAGGCCUAGCACCAAAUUUAGCCGCAGCGAGAAAAAGACCAUUGGAAAACUCGCCAACAAGUGCAACAACAUCGCAAAUACGCACUGAACAAAGCGACCACCAACGGUCGUCCGAAUGGAACGAACCGAAAAGAGUGGCUAGACAACCGCGAUUACCGGACAAAGCUAAGAUUCAAAUUGAAAACAAAUACGCGCGCCUGCUGGACUACGAAGACAUCGAGCAGGACGCCAACCAAGGGAGGGAACACAGCACACAACCGGCCACUGCACCAUGGCCAGCCCUACCGCCACCUAGACCGACAAGGAAUAUCGGAACGACCAGUAGCGCCACUCCACUCCACCGCGCAGAGGGCAGGACAAUGAACCCAGCAACACCGACGGAACAUCACCCCAGCCAAAGCCAGAGGGCACCCCUUGCCGAGCGAAGGGUGGAGGAACCCAGACGCGGCAAGGACCGUCCACCGCCGAUUUACGUAUGUGAUAUACAAUUCGAGAACAUAAAAGGUGUUCUCAAAAAAAUGAACUCAAAAGACCUUAUUAUAAAAAAGACAGAUAGUGAAACGUGCACAAUCUUUGCCUCGUCACUCUCCACCUAUAAAGACACUAUCAACAUCUGCAAGGUUAAUCAAUUUAAAUUCUACACCUAUACGCCAAAUAGCGCGAAACCUAAAAACUUAUUCCUCAAGGGCAUAGAAGGCAAUGUUUCAGCCGAGGACAUCAAAAACGAUCUGCUCAGCUUUAACUUGCCUAACACUAACAUCACAAAGGUAUCAAAAAUUAAAUUCCAUAAAAAUAGCGAGAAAGAACAUUUUUUAAUUCAACUAAGCAAUGAUAGUGAUACCCAAAGUAUCACGAAAAUUAGACACUUAGACAUGCAAAGAGUCUAUUGGGAACCUCUCAAAAGGAGAGGUCUCUUCCAAUGUGUAAAAUGCCAACGUUUCGGACAUUCUAGCGUUAACUGUUCGCUGGGAUACCGAUGCGUCAAAUGCGGCAAAGACCAUGAACCGGGAAAAUGCACAAUCCCGAAGAGCAUAAACGAACUCAACACUUUAUACUGUGCGAACUGCCAAAGCGCAGGACAUCCAGCCUCAUACAAAGGCUGCCCUUAUUAUAAGUUCGCGAGAAAAAUACAUGUAGAAAAUCGCGCUUCAAAAAAUCUAGAAAGAACUAAACGCAUAAACCUAAUUAAUAAUUACGUCGACAAAGCCACCACACCCCACCCAGCCAACCCUAACACUCAACAUAACAUACCAGCAAGAAAUAAAAUCCCUAACCGCAUCCAAAACCUCAAUAAGACACAAAACGCAUGGUUCAGUACCAAAAACACAAACGAACACCUCUUCGGCAAUAACAGCCGCAGUGAUGUCAUCUAUAACACUAGCAACAACAAUAACAACUUCAAUUUUGAAUCAUUUCUCACCCGCAUAGAACAACAAAUAGACAGAGCAAUUAACAACAAACUAAACCAAAUACAAACAGCGAUUAACAACAACACUAAGCGAAUUGACACCAUAUUCGAAUAUCUCAACACAAGCCUCGAAUAUGUUGACUAA